UUCUCAAGGAUGAGAAGAAAGAACACUAUGAAAGAUAUUCAAGGAAAGAAAAAGACAACGUCUCUGAAUAUUAUACAAAGGCUGCUGACAUGUGAGCAUGUAAAAACACUGAUGGCAAACGCCAUAGAUUGCUUGAAAAAUGAGAAGAGCUGUCCAGUGCUCAUAAGUGAGUUUACCUCUCUUAGGGACACACUGAUAACAGUUUUUAUGGUGAGCUCCCUAAGGAGAAUCAUGGAAUUUUCUGAAUUCCGUCUUUCGGAAUAUCUUGAGAGAAAAAUUGUUUCAAGUGAAGAAAGCAUGUAUGUCAUAAAAAUUGCACGACAUAAGACGGCAGUAAAGGGGCCAUCAUUGGUCUACUUGACCACAGACCAAGAAAAAGCACUGACAUCUUACAUUCAGUUUUAUAGACCCCUUGCAGUACCAUGCUUGUCUCCAGAUUGCUUCAUUUUCCCAUUCAGCACAAACCAAAUUGGAGGGUGCUGUAUGAAGCUGGACUUUUCUGGAUUAGGUAAAGUGAUCAGACGGGUGGCAACUCUCGCAGGGCUUGACACCAAGAUAACCUCAAGAAUACUAAGAAGAUCUCAAAUAACAGCAUUAUGGGAAAGUGAUGCUGAUCCAGGGUGGCGUACUAAAGUUGCCGAUCAAUGUUCACAUUCAUUAGACACUGCUGCAAGGUAUUAUGAAUACUCAGAAAAAGUGAAACCUGGCCUGGAUGUGGUCAAGAAGCUAUCCAGAAUCCGUGAGGCCAUGGAAAAAGAAUUGAAUAGCAAGGAUGGAGAGGAUGAUGAGACAGUCCUUCCCUCAAUACCCAUGGAAGGUCUUCAAGAAGAAACACAACAUGAUGAGGGAGAGGAUGGUGACGAGGCACUCGUUCAUCCCUUAAAACCCAUGGAAGGUCUUCAAGAACAGACACAACAUGAUGAGGGAGAGGAUGGUGAUGAGGCAUUCGUUCAUCCCUCAAACUCUACCAAGGCUGGUUCUGGAUUAGCACAGCUACAAGAGCCAUCGUCACAUGUGGAGCCAAAUGUCGAUCUGCUGGGAAAUGAUAGCAACCCAGAUGAUGGCUUAGUACAUCCCUCAGUGAGUGAGCUCAGCAUGCCACUCUCUGUGGGACUUCCCGACGACUUGAGCGUAGGGACGAUCUGGACAGCAAAAACAGACAAUUCAGGAGAACCAAGAACGCCAGUGAAGCCUUCGACAGCUUCCACUUAUAAAGAUAUCGUGGAAGCUAUUGAAUCCUGCAAUCAAAGUCAAGAUAAAGACCAUUACAUUGUUCGAUGGAAUGCAGUCAGGGAAUAUCUCAUUAGAAAAAAUCCUGCAUAUCAGCUUCUAACCGUAAAACAGCUUAGAGAUAAAUACAAAUAUAUGAAAAAGGUAAAGAAAAUGAUGAAAUAGUGUGUACCAAGAGAUGUGUAGUAGUGCUCCAAUUAUAAUUAACAGACUGAAUGUUGUUUUACAGUGUAAUGUAUGCUUUUUCGUUCGAAGGAGAUCAUUCAGAGUCUGUACUACUCCAAAGAAGCUGUAGUUCCUUGAUAUUUGUCUAUCUUGAUAUUUUGAAUAACAUGUUUUAUGAUUUGUAUAGAAUAUUUUAUAUAUUUGUGUAGAAUGUGUUCAAAGCUUUUAUGUUUAAUGAAGGGAAAUUAAUCACUUAUGCUGUACCAAUAAGGGUUAACUGCUGUAACUGUAUACCAAACUGAUAUUUCCAAUAUAUGUA